GAUGUAGACAACUUCAGCUUUCAUAUGCAUAAGGUAAAUAUUUUUUGGAACUGUAAUAUAUGAACUACAGCAGUUUUCCUGAGGCAUGUUUUUUCGGUUUUUUUUUUCUUUCAUGCUGAAUAACGAGAAAACUAGUAGCAUUAGCUAUGUAUAAUGUUCUAAACAUAUUUUACUGGCAUUACAAGGUUUCUAUUGAUAUAAGAUUUAUAUGAAAUUAAUUAUUAUUCAAACGACUUAGACAGAUUUUACCUUUGGAGUGUCAAAUUGACACUCUAAAUCGGAAAAGGGAGUUUUUUUUGUCCAGGCUUUCAGAGUUCGUCCAUAAAAAAAGUAAAGAUACAAUAUUCAAGAACUUUUGAAAUCAUUUGGGAUCCCCGAAGAAUUUUUUUUUGUUUUGAAGCUUCUGAAAAAAGUUACAGGGCUUCAAACUUGCAAUAGUGUCAAAAUGACACUCUAAUGCGGAUGAGGGUUAUUUUGGAGCUGAUAGCUAUAUUUAUAAAAAACACCAAAAACUAUAUGUCCAACCACGUGCCAUGCUGAUCUUAUUUUAAAAAAAGUUUGAAUUUAUGAUUGGUGAAAUGCCAAUACAAGCGAGAUUUCUAGUAUAAUCUGGCACUUACGGAUAAAACCCGAUACUUACAUGAUUAUUGAUUUCACCACCCAAUUUUAAAAGUCUGUAAAAUCUGGGCAAAAUCUGUAAAUAGCUAAAUUGUACUGGAUGACGGACAAAAAUGUGUAAACAUCAAGUCUGUAUAAAGCAGUCCUCACAUACCCCAGGUAGGGUUUGGAGAAAUAAUUUCAGUGUUUUGAAAAAAAAGCUCCUUUUUCUUCACUUUCAACCCCCGUUCUUUUCCUAAAAAUGAAACAGAUGUACAUCAACUCGACAUCGUAGUUAAAAAUAGAAAUUUAACAAAAAGUUGCUGUAACAUUCGUUAUUGUCGGAAUCGUAUCUCUUUUAUUGUUAAUGGAUACAUUACAAGUAAAUUUAACAUUCUGCUUUAAGUUUGAAAAAUAGUGCACAGUAUUGUUUCAAAAGCCAUCGUCCCCACUAACUCCGGUGUACCUUAAGUUAAGCUUCCGAUUAUGAUUAUGAUCAAGUAGAAUUUCAACACUUAUGAGGGAUCAUCUUUUCAGCUAUAAAUACAUCAUCAAUCCAUAGCGAGGAGAGUGAGCCCUGGAAUGAUCAGACCUCUGAUAGUUAUAGCCGAAUGCUCAACAAUAUUCAACUUUUGGAUAGUGUUUCGAAUGGAAUGUCUACAGCGACUUCCAGCAUAGCUAAAGCCAAUAUUAUAAACUGUCGAAAUUCCGACGAAUCUCAGCCACCAAUAAGAAAUGACAGUCGGAAUAGUUAUGGUCCUGAGUAUGAAAUUUCCUUAGCUACAAAAAAUCGAAAACGGGAACGCGAUUGGGAUAAACGGCAUGGUAACAAUAUCAUGUUGACCGGCCAUCAAAGUUUGCUCACUUGGAAAAACAACAACGCUCCCCAAUCGCCAGUUGAUUUGAACAAUGUAUGUUCACCCAAUAGUAAGCCAACGGCUAACUCUCGGAGCUGGGUAGGAAUUUUAAAUCUGGAUGGUGGCGAUGUGGCAUCAACAUCCAAAGGUUUUCGUAAAAAUAUCACAAAUGACAGUAAUUUUUGGACAAACGUUUUCUUCCCGUCAACAUCUUCGGAUAUGCCAUCGAAUACACUGUCUAGUCAACAAGACCAGAAUCUUCAAAGCGAUAUCAAUAGUAAAUACGGUAGUCUAUUGGCAAAUUCCUCUACAGCCGCUGUUGGCUCAGCACAUGUACAGCAUGAUGUCCAUUCUACAUCUAACUCCGGCUACAUUAAUAAAUUGAAAAAAAUUAAGAAUACAAUCAACAGAAAUAAAGACACCGACAAUGUUUUAAAUGAUGCAAGUUACAGUGUUCGAAGCUCAAAUAGAUCUCAUCAAAGUAACAACAACGGCAGCUUAUCUGAUGGAUAAAUAUGAUAUUUGUCGAACUCGUACUGUCAUAUGAAAAUUUUCGUACUGUAGAGAGAUAGAAUGAAUAAAAAAUAUCAAUUAUUGAAUAUACACUAAAUUCCGAAACUUUUUCAACAAGUAA